CCUCACGCCCACGCUGGCCGACAGCGGUGCUCAUGCCUCGCCCACCGCGCUGGCAGCCGGUCCUCCUGUGCCCUUCGCGGCCUGCCUGCAGCGCUUCGGUGGUCUCAGGUGCAGAGCCUCAGUGGUCUCGGGCGCAGAACCUCCUCGCACCAUGUAGCUUGCACUGCUGCUCCACGCCGUGAUCUCGCACUCCCACGCUGGCUGGCUUCUGUCCCCCUGCCUGGCCGCCGUCUUCCUGCCUGGCCUCUGUCCGCCUGCCUCGCCUCCCGCCAUGGCUCUGCCUACGCUGACCGACACCGCCGCCGUCCACCCCGGCUGCUGUCUCGCUCUCAGCGCCCCGCUCGUCGCACACCUGCACUCGCUGCUCCCACCUCGCGCCCUCGCCCUGUCCAUCGGCAGCGGCUUCGGCCUGCUGGAAGCCCUCCUUAACGCGCCGCCCUACUGCGCCAACGUCGUCGGCGUCGAGGUGCAGCCCAGCCCCAACACGCACCUGCCCGCGACACACCUGCGCCUCGUGCACGGCACACGCUUCCUCGAGCCGCUCGCAGCAGACGCCGCCGCCUGGCUAUUCGUGUAUCCGCGCCGCCCUGCCCUCGUCACAGAGUACCUGGCGCGCUACGGCCCCGACAGCGUCCGCACCAUCGUCUGGCUGGGCCCGCACGCCGACUGGGACGACUACACGUCCUGUUUUGGCCCCGACUGGGUCCUACAAACACGCACCGCAGACGAGGUCGGCGGCAAGCCCUGGGACCUGAUCGCCACGGCACGCAGGGCCCCACAAUGACAGCCUACCGUGCGCAUUGCUAUUGUUCUUUGUCCUUCACCUCGCUUGCUCAACAGCCACAAUAGACAAUGCACAGUGAACAACCCCCCUUCCUCAAUAUGUAUUCAGAGCUAACUUCCCAC